AAGGACCGAUUGUGCGAGCUGUCUGACAUUACUUAUCAUUCAUUUCCUAGUUUUAAUACCUUCCCUUCUCACUCUCUCUCUAAACCUCACCCUUAGUUUCGAAUGCCAGUGUAGGCAGCAUAAUCUCUAACACAACCGCCAUGGACGGCAGAAGACGAAGCAUAUCGGUCAUGAACGUCGGUCUAGCUGAGGGAGCUGGUGAUGAUCUCUUUCGUAGACUCUCAAGGACCUUCUCUGGCAAAUCACAACAACAGCAACAAGAACAAUCAGAGGAGCAUGGGAUCGAGCGAUGGACGUCGAGGAACGAGAAGGGCGAAACCGAUGAUUCAUCGGAGAAGACUAAGGUCAACGAAUGGCGCCUGGACCAACAUGUGAAGGACUUCCAAGCCAAUGAUCCAGCGGAAGGUCGAAGCCUUGGUGUCACAUGGAAGGACCUGACAGUCAGAGUCGUACCGUCCGACGCCACACUACAGGAGAACGUCCUCAGUCAGUUCAACAAAAUUCAACAGGCAAAGGAGGCACGCAACAAGGCCCCACUGAAGACGAUUCUCGAUAGAAGCCGUGGUUGCGUGAAACCGGGAGAGAUGCUUCUGGUUCUUGGAAGGCCAGGAUCUGGCUGUACUACUCUCCUGAAAAUGCUUGCGAAUAAGAGAAAGGGAUAUGCUGAAGUCGAUGGCGAGGUUCGCUUCGGCACCAUGACCGCAAAAGAGGCCGAGCAGUACCGCGGUUCCAUUGUGAUUAAUACUGAAGAGGAGCUCUUCUACCCCUCUCUCACUGUUGGAAAGACUAUGGAUUUCGCUACUCGGCUAAACAUUCCAGACACUUUGCCAAACAACACAGAAAAUCGAGAAGACUAUCGUGUUAAGUUCAAGAACUUCCUAUUAGACUCCAUGGGGAUCUCCCACACCGAAGACACCAAAGUUGGUGACGCCUUUGUUCGAGGUGUGUCCGGUGGUGAACGCAAGCGAGUCUCCAUCAUUGAGACUCUGUGCACAAGGGGCAGUGUCAUGUGCUGGGAUAACUCCACUCGUGGUCUCGACGCCUCUACAGCCCUGGAGUACACUCGUGCUUUACGCUCGAUGACGGACACAAUGGGUAUUGCCACCAUCGUUACGCUGUACCAGGCUGGUAAUGGUAUCUACGACUUGUUCGACAAGGUGCUUGUCCUCGACGAAGGCAAGCAGGUCUACUACGGUCCACUUGAACAAGCUCGCCCCUUCAUGGAGUCUCACGGCUUUGUCUGUGGUGACGGCGCCAACGUGGCAGACUUCCUUACAGGUGUUACCGUUCCAAGCGAGCGACAGAUCAAGCCCGCGUUCGAGGCACGCUUUCCCCGCAACAACAUCGAGCUUGAGAGGGCUUACAGCGAGUCACCCAUCAAGGUCAGCAUGGACCGCGAGCUCGAGUACCCGAACACACAGGAGGCGAAGGUCAACACCGAAACCUUCAUCCAUGCGAUCUCCCUCGACAAGUCGAAGCAUCUACCAAAGCAGUCGCCCAUGACUGUCUCCUUCUUAGCACAGGUCAAAGCAUGUGUCACUCGUCAAUACCAGAUAAUCUGGGGUGACAAGGCGACCUUCAUCAUCAAGCAAGGCUCCACCAUUGUACAAGCGCUGAUCUCUGGAUCCCUCUUUUAUAAUGCUCCCGACAACUCCGCUGGUCUCUUCAUCAAGGGUGGUGCUCUGUUCCUGGCUCUUCUGUUCAACGCUCUGGUGGCUAUGUCCGAGGUCACUGACUCCUACACCGGCCGUCCCAUUCUCGCUAAGCACAAGAACUUCGCUUUCUUCAACCCAGCUGCCUUCUGUAUCGCUCAGAUCGCUGCUGACGUCCCAAUCCUCUUCUUCCAGGUCACCUCAUUUAUCGUCAUCUUGUACUGGAUGACCGCCCUCAAGGCCACCGCAGCCGCGUUUUUUACCUGUUGGUUCGUUGUCUACCUGACGACCUUUGUCAUGACUGCCUUCUUCCGUAUGAUCGGUGCUGGAUUUCCCAACUUCGACGCCGCAUCCAAGGUCUCUGGUUUCUCUGUCACUGCCCUCAUCUUGUACAUUGGGUAUCAGAUCCCCAAGCCGCAGAUGCACCCUUGGUUUGUGUGGAUUUACUGGAUCAACCCUCUGUCCUACGGUUUCGAGUCAUUGAUGGCAAACGAGUUUGAGGGAACUACCAUCCCUUGUGUUUACAACAAUCUCGUUCCUAACUAUCUACCACAGUACGAGGACCCUGCUCACCAGUCUUGCGCUGGUAUUGCGGGUGCUGCUCCUGGUGCCGUGUCCCUAACUGGCGAGGAAUACCUCCGAAGCUUGUCCUACUCGCCAUUACACGUCUGGCGCAAUGUCGGUAUUCUUUUCGCGUGGUGGGUCCUCUUCGUCGGUCUGACUAUAUUCUUCACCCUUCGUUGGGAUGAUGCUGCUGGUUCUACUGGCGCGCUUCUGAUUCCUCGUGAGAACGCAAAGAAGGUUCCUCAAGCUGUUGUACCUGGCGACGAGGAAGCGCAGGCUAAUGAGAAGGCUCCCCGUGCCCGAGCCAACGACAGCAACAACACCUCGAGCGACCAAGCUGGAGGUGAUCUGAUGCGCAACACUUCAGUCUUCACCUGGCGCAAUUUGUCGUAUGUCGUUCAAACUCCCUCUGGACCACGCACUCUCCUCGACAAAGUGAACGGAUACGUUCGUCCUGGCAUGCUUGGUGCCCUCAUGGGCUCAUCUGGUGCUGGAAAGACAACUCUACUUGACGUUCUUGCUCAACGCAAAACGGACGGUCAGAUUCACGGCGAGGUACUAGUCGAUGGUCGUCCACUACCUGUCUCUUUCCAGCGUUCUGCAGGUUACUGUGAGCAGCUCGAUGUCCACGAGCCCUACUGCACGGUCCGCGAAGCCCUUGAAUUUUCCGCCCUUCUUCGUCAGAGCCGCGAGACCUCUCGUGAGGACAAGCUUGCCUACGUGGACACUAUCAUUGACCUUCUCGAACUGCAUGAUCUUGAACACACCCUUAUUGGACGAGUUGGCGCUGGUUUGUCUGUUGAACAGCGCAAGCGUGUCACUAUUGGUGUUGAACUUGUUUCUAAGCCGUCCAUCUUGAUCUUCUUGGACGAGCCCACCUCUGGUCUAGACGGUCAAGCUGCCUUCAACACUGUCCGGUUCCUUAGGAAGCUUGCAGAUGUUGGCCAAGCAGUUUUGGUCACUAUUCAUCAGCCUUCUGCCCAACUUUUCGCGCAAUUCGACACAUUGUUGCUGCUCGCCAAGGGGGGCAAGACGGUCUACUUUGGCGACAUCGGCGACAACGGCAAUACUAUCAAGGACUACUUCAACCGCAACGGCGUACCAUGCCCUCAGGGUGCCAACCCUGCAGAGUUCAUGAUCGAUGUCGUCACCGGCGCUCACUCAAGUGAGAAGGACUGGCACCAGGUCUGGCUCGACUCACCGGAACAGGCUCAGAUGCAACAAGAUCUUGAGCACAUCAUCACAGACGCUGCGGGCAAGGAGCCUGGCACCACCGACGAUGGACACGAGUUCGCCACCGAUGUGUGGACCCAAACUAAGUUGGUCACUCAUCGCAUGAACGUCAGUUUGUACCGCAACAUCGACUACGUCAAUAACAAGUUUGCCCUCCACAUCGGUGUCGCUCUCUUCGUCGGUUUCUCCUUCUGGCAGAUCGGAGACUCCGUACAAGAGCAACAACUGAUUUUAUUUUCCCUGUUUAACUACAUCUUCGUCGCUCCUGGUGUCAUUGCGCAACUUCAGCCUCUGUUCAUCGACCGUCGUGACAUCUACGAGACAAGAGAGAAGAAGUCAAAGAUGUACCACUGGGCUCCUUUCACUACCGGUCUCAUCAUCUCUGAGAUGCCCUAUCUCAUAAUCUGUGGCAUCCUUUACUUCGUUUGCUUCUACUACACCGCUGGUCUCCCUGUCUCGUCCGACAAGGCAGGUGCGGUGUUCUUCGUCAUGCUAGUCUACCAGUUCUUCUACACUGGGCUCGGCCAGUUCGUCGCUGCAUACGCACCCAACGCCGUCUUCGCCUCCCUCGUCAACCCCCUCAUUAUCGGUGUCCUCGUCUCCUUCUGCGGUGUCCUCGUUCCUUACGCCCAGAUCCAACCUUUCUGGCGCUACUGGCUAUACUACCUCAACCCCUUCAACUACCUCAUGGGUGCACUCCUUGUAUUCGCCGAUUUCGACUGGGAGGUUAACUGCAACGAGUCCGAGUUCGCUAUUUUCGAUCCUCCUUCUGGCCAGACGUGCGCUCAGUACCUUGAGGCAUGGCUUGCAGGUCCCGGCGCUCGGAACAACCUGGUCAACGGUGAUGCGACGACUGACUGCAGGGUCUGCCAGUACCGCCGUGGUAACGACUACCUGUACACUGUCAACCUGAAUGAGUACUACUACGGCUGGAGGGAUGCAGCGAUCUGUGUUCUGUUCGCGUUUUCGAGUUACGCGUUGGUCUACCUGCUCAUGAAGCUUAGGACUAAGGCUAGUAAGAAGGCCGAGUAAGCUACUUGAUCGCCUCUGCAACUCGUUUCCUCCAUCGCACUGGCAGCUUGUCAUCAGUGGUGCUCGCUGCCACUGUCUAAUCACUCAUGUCUCUUAAUAUCAUGUAUGCAUAGCAAAAAGCAUACUGUAUACCUUAGACUUUUCUGUUGCAUCUCCCAUA